AUGUUCAGAAACGUCAUUAGCCCUCGCAUUGUCAAGCCUCUCUCUGCACACACCCCCGUUCGUGCUUUCAGCAGUGCCAGUGUUCUUCAACAAUACCAACACAUUCUCACUGAAACCCGUGGCAACGUUGGUUUGAUCACUCUUAACCGCCCCAAGGCCUUGAACGCCUUGUGCAAUGAUUUGUUCACUGAAGUCAACGAGGCUAUGGCCAAGUAUGAUGCUGAUGCCAAUGUGGGUGCUAUUGUCUUGACCGGUUCCGAAAAGGCUUUUGCUGCUGGUGCCGAUAUCAAGGAAAUGAAGGAUAACAACUUUGUUGAUACCUACAAGAAGGACAUGUUGGGUCACUGGGCCAAGAUCUCUGAUGUCAAAAAGCCCAUCAUUGCUGCUGUCAACGGCUAUGCUCUCGGCGGUGGUUGUGAAUUGGCCAUGAGCUGCGACAUCAUCUAUGCUGGUGAGAAGGCUGUCUUUGGUCAACCCGAAAUCAAGUUGGGCAUCAUCCCUGGUGCCGGUGGUACCCAACGUCUUGUUAAGGCUGUUGGCAAGUCCAAGGCUAUGGAGAUGGUUUUGACCGGUUCCGUCAACCUUAACGCUACUGAAGCUGAGAACUUGGGCUUGGUGAGCAAGGUUGUCCCUGCUGAUCAGCUCGUUGAUGAAGCUAUCAAGACCGCUGGUAAGAUUGCCAGCAUGAGCCAAGGUUCCGUCCAAAUGGCCAAGGAGCUUAUCAACAAGUCCUUCGAGGUUCCUCUCUCUUCUGGUCUCCGAUGGGAACGUGUUCUCUUCCAAUCUCUCUUUGGCACGGCCGACCAAAAGGAAGGCAUGGCUGCUUUCGCCGAAAAGAGAAAGGCCAACUUCACCAACCAGUAA